GAUGAAUUGUUCUGGCUUGGUGCGGUGCUCAGUGUACACAACUUGGUCUGUAUCUCGUUCGAUCGUCUACUGGCUGUGAUUCGUCCAAUCUACUACCGAUUGCAUCAUGUCGGUCUGAUGAUUGGUUGUUAUGUGUACUUGGUUUCCAUCAGUCUACUUCUGUUCAUACCGAACUUUUUUCUACGUCACUUCUCCAACGACAGUUGCUCGUUUGCUGUACCGAUCACUGCAUCUCCUUUGCAUCGAUUUCUCGACGUUCAUUCUUUCCUCUGGCUCUUCUUAUCCUACUUGCUCCCGAUCGUUUUUAUUGUCACAUGUCACGUGAUCGUGAUCCGAUUUGUCAAUCGAGCAAACAAAAUGAACACGAACUCGAACCACGAGGAGCAAUCACACAAGGGAAUUAUGAAGUUGGUCAAAAUUACCGCUGCUCUAGCUGUGAGCAUAUUGAUUUUUCAUGCGGCCGAAAGUGCCCGGUAUGUGCUAGCCUCAUUUCAUCUGAUGGACUACGCACCGGGGUCCGCGGAACAACAAGUUGGUGUGUUGUUGAUCGCGUUGUGCUGUUGUGUCAAUCCGUGUGUGACGCUGAACACGAAAAUCUCCGUACGUCGAUUCAUAAAUAAUCACGUGAUUAAAAAAAUUCCUCAAUGGAAACUGUCAACCGGUCUGUGGACCUUAAGUAAUCUGCCAGACAAAUGA